CUGCAGACGUUCGUCAUCCUUUUGGACGGGGAAUGACUGACCAUUAGCGCAGCUUAUUCAUUCCAGCAACCAUGACUAUCAUACUUUUCUUGGUCGAUACCUCCGCGUCUAUGUGCCAGAAAGCGUUAGUCAAUGGAGUUCAGAAGUCAUACCUAGAUAUUUCCAAGGGAGCGGUGGAAACGUUUUUAAAAUUCCGCCAACGGUCACAGGAUUGCAUGGGCGAUCGUUACAUGUUGCUGACGUUCGAGGAUCCUCCUAAUAACGUAAAAGCAGGGUGGAAGGAAAAUCAUGCCACGUUUAUGAACGAGUUGAAAAACCUGCAAAGCAACGGUCUCACGUCGAUGGGUGAAGCGUUGAAGAAUGCGUUCGAUUUGCUCAACCUAAAUCGCAUGCAAUCCGGUAUUGAUACGUAUGGACAGGGCAGAUGUCCGUUUUACUUGGAGCCGUCAGUCAUCAUUGUGCUAACUGAUGGAGGGAAGUAUGCGUUUCGUAACGGCGUACACCAGGAAAUCAUACUACCGUUGCAUGCGCAAAUGCCUGGCACGAAAUUGACGAAGGAGCCAUUUCGGUGGGAUCAGAGGCUGUUUUCGCUGGUGCUUCGAAUACCCGGUAACCGCGUAGACGAGCGAUCAGAUAGUAAGGUGCCGCAUGACGAUUCGAUGAUAGAAAAAAUGUGCGAAGUAACCGGUGGCCGAUCGUACAAAAUCAAAUCACACUACGUGCUGAAUCAGUGUAUUGAAAGCUUGGUUCAAAAGGUGCAACCGGGCGUUGUAAUCCACUUCGAUCAGUUAAUAACGAACAACGGUGAUACCAGCACAAUCGAUAUUCAGUUUCAGUCUACCAAGCGCAUGAUAUAUGUGCCAAAACAACACCCAUCGCAAAAAACGUUUCCCGUGGGCUACUGGCCGAUACCGGAACCGUACUGGCCGGAUCCAAAGCUUACCAAUUUGCCGCCUAGAGAUGCACAUCCCAAAAUUAAGGUAAUUUCGCCGUGCUGUGACGAGCCGCAGGUGUUGCGCAAUUUUCCUAUCGACAAGUACGAACUGGAGGCCAGCCCACUCACACUGCAGAUCCUAUCGAAAAAGGAAAUGAACAAAGUGUGGCCACUGAUAGUGUCCACUGGAAUGCAGGGCGAAAUGCCGUUCGGUUAUCUGAAGCCCAACAGUACACUUCCCAUAGUACACCUUUAUGUUUUACCGUACAACUAUCAAAUGCUGCUUCCUCUCAUCAACGAUCUGUUUCAUAAGUUCAAUCUUAAUCCACCUAACGAUUGGGUGUACAAGUUUACCAACUAUGUGAAAACAAUUCCGCAGUACUAUUGUCCGUUCUUACGGCGAGCCCUCGCUACUACGCCGAACGUACCCUAUCAGUUAGUUCAGUACAUAUUACCCGAAAAUCUCGACAGUUAUCUCUGUCCGUCUGUGGCAAAUUAUUUGAAGCAAAUGAAAAAUACGGCUAAGCAAGAUCAGGAGAACUUGUGUCUCCGGGUGCUUAAGCAGCUCAAGCAGCCCAAACCGGCGUAUCAUCAGCUGGAAACGGUAAAAAUAGUCGCUGGCCAGCAGCUGAAGCGUGACAUUGUUACACACCCGAUGCUAAAAGACACCUUCACAAAGAUGCACAUGGAAAUCGGCAACUACGAUAGCUAUUCGAUCGUUAUACCCAGCAUCAUUCAAACCGCCGCAACCAAAAAUUAUCGCAACCCUUACGACAUUCCCCGGCGAGACCUGAUUGAUGAGAUAGCGAGGAUGAGGGAGAACUUCUUCCGUUUGCCAACAAGUGGCAUAAGUGUGUACACAAAAGAUUCAGGACAUUGUUUGCCGAUCUCUGACAUGGGCAACUACCAGGAAUAUCUCAAAAACAAGGAAACACCGCUGCGGGAGCUGGAACCCACUAAUGUCCGCCAACAUAUGUUCGGCAAUCCUUACAAAAAAGAUAAAAACAUGGUAAUGGUGGACGAGGCAGAUCUUAACGAUGUGGCGUUGCUGAAGUCAGGGGCACCUGGGCAGCACCAGAGUAGUUCAGUGAAGAAAAAUAUGGAGACGAACACAGUGGCACGACUGAGUCGGAAGCGCAAAGCAGGUCCUAUUCGUAAAGACUAUGUGUUCAAGCGAUUGGCGCUGAAUAAUAGCUCUACCACUUGUUUGAACGAAACUGGUCUUACACAAGGCCCGAAAUCUGAUUACGACAGUACGACCGAUUUCGGCAGCGACACAGAUUCAGAAUCUGAUUCAGAGCUGUUAGUGAUCACGUUUGACGACACGGAUCAGGUACCCUUGACGAACUCAAGUUCAUCACAAAGCCUUCCAAAAUGUUUAGAAAAAACGGUCAUGUUGGAGGAAACGGCGGUCGUUCACUCGGGAGACGCUCAGCAAUCUUUCAGCCAGGGGAGCGUUAAAUUAGAAAAAUAUGUCUCACCUGCUGUAGCGAAUCCGUCUUGUCUUCUUGCUGCCAGUAGUCAGAUAGUUACUGAGGAAGGAUCCCUGACUGGUGAAGCAGUGGGACGCUCAUAUUCACAAAUGGUUCAACAGACGAAAGAGCCUCAUUCGAACACUGUACAUGUAAAGGAAAUAGAGCUUUUGCAACCUUCUCAUCAGCCCGAGCAACUGGAAGCGGAAAGUAUAUCGUCAAAGUUAGUAGAAAAGCAUGUGCAACCACGGAUGCAGUAUAAGGAGACCCUGAAAUUUGUACAAGACCAUAAAACUUCGGACGGCAAAAAGCAGGCACAGUCUGAUGGUUCUACAAUUGGCGAUGAUAUGCAGCUGAGCGAAUCGAAAACACUAUUGAUUCGCGAUAGCGUAGACCAGAGCGAGAUGGUUGAAAGUAUUCCGGAAGAAUCGGUUGAAAGUAUUUCGGGACAGGUGGGGGUAGAAACGAAGGAACGAGGUCUCAUUGAUGCUGUUACACCAUACCCAUUGCAGUUAGUUGAAAAGCCAGAAAAAUGUGAGGAUUUAAAACUGUCGGAGAAGCAGGAAGGGUUAGAUCAUGCGAGAGUGGAGUUGGAGGAAAAAGUAAAAGUGGAGCCGGCAAACGAAAUGGAGGAACUCGAAGAAAAGAUAAUUAGCUCUGAUAAACCAACGAAACAGGAAGCAAAAAUCGACGAAGUUUAUUGUGACCACACUAAGCAGCUGGAACAUAAGUUGAACGACACGGAAUCGUUAAAACAGCCGCUUUUUCCGAUUCAGUAUAGACAUCCAUGGCACUCUCUUGACCAAGCAGACCACGCUGUUCUCCAUGGACAGCUAGAACUACGGGAUCAACCGGUGCAAGCUGAGCAAACCCUAAACCGAGCCAUGGAUGCAUGUGAGCAGACCUCACAGGAUGAACCGAGACAAGCGCAACUAGUGCAAUCGGAACCGUCGUCACCGCAGGAGUUAAGCGUACCACUCGAUCAACAGCAACACGAAGAGCCAGCAGAAAUAGCGAGCAACAAGCCCCGCACACCCGUGCCAAGUCUCGAGGAUCCUCAACCUUCGGAGUAUACUGUUCCGUCACUGCUUAGUACUGCUUCCCAGUCAACUCAGCAACAUGAUUAUACGUUCGCAGUAACGCAGACACCGCGGUUGGCCAGUCAAGUGCAUCAAGCACAUUCGAGUGCGUUGUUAUCUAUCGUGGAAACUAGCAACAUGAAUGAUGUGCUUAACAUAUCCAACAUUAUUAAAACAUGUCAUAAUGGGGACGAUACUACCUCCACCACCGAUCGGCAGCUAGAAGAGAAACCGGAGAGAAAACUUUCACGCGAGCUAGAAAGAAGAUCGCCGGACUUGUUGCUGAACGACGGACCAAUUGCCCAAGAAAAUGGAGGUGGUGCGGAGUCCAUCGUUGGGGUGAAUGGUUACAGCCCACAGCAGCCAUCGCACAACUGGAGCAUUAACUCGGUGCUUUACGGCGACUCUGACGAAGAGCACAAUUUAGAGCAAAUAGAAGAACAGAAUUUGAAAACGCGUAGCAUCAUCUUCAGGGACAUUCGUCGUCCUGGCAGAGAUUAUUCGGAGAUGCUUAAAAAUCUUGACUUAAUGCAAGGUAACCAUUUGACCCGGAAAAAGUUUGUUAACAUGUGCGUGGCCGAGGCAAAGCGCUUUCGGCGGCAUCGUAUGGCGGUCUGUAUUCAAGAAUGGUGGGAUAAUUACAACGUAAGCGUAAACAUGCGAUCGGAUAAGCCCUUGCACAGGCAAGCUUCGUUCCUUAUCUUCGGUGCACCUCAACCCCUAAUGGAAAGUAAUAGCAUGUACCAUAACAAUCUGGAUGGCAAUUAUCAGAACAGUCUGGAAGAUUCAUUGGUAUCACACGAUUAGUGAAUCACAACGACAUAAUUGUAAAUACGUUUUAGGAGCUACGAUAAAAGGCUGGAGAUGUACAAAUAAGGCACUAGAUAAUAAAUGUAAUAUCGUAAUUGUACAUCAAGUUGUGAAGUAUUGUGAAGGUUUGGAAAAUCAAAGAGAAAUAAGGAGAAAUUCCAGGUUUUGCGAUGGAAACGGUGCAUCCAUACCACCGGUGUCAACCUUAUUUAAAACUUGUC